AGCUAAAAGUUUUUUUAAAAAAAAUGGAUGCACAAAAUGAUGGUAAUUGGGGAGAAUUCACGUGGAAAAUCUGCAACUUCACCGAGCAGAAAGCGAGUAGGGUUUGUUCUGAAGUAUUCAUGGUUUCUGGUUGUAAAUGGAGAAUUGUGGUAUUCCCCAAGGGGAAUGGCACGAACCAUUUGUCGUUGUACGUCGAUGUCCCUGAUUCUGCGACGUUGCCGAAAGGGUGGUCCAGAAACGCCGAGUUCAGCUUGAGUGUGAUCGAUCAAAUCGAUAAUGUUCGCACUAUUAGAUAUGGGAGGCAAUAUGUUUUCACUGCGAGACAGACUGACUGGGGUUACAAAAAUUUCAUUCCAUUGACUAAGCUUCGUGAUCCUACUUGGGGAUACCUAGCAAAUGACACUUUGGUGGUUAAAGCCGAAGUUUCCGUCUUAAAAGUUACUCCUCCGGUGAAUCAGCUAGCUAGACCAACUCAUAAUUUUGACUCCUAUUUUACUGGUCUGGAGGAACUCAUCAACGCUGCUGGGACUGAUGGUGUUAGUGCAGGAUCAAGUUUGUGCCACCAAGAUGGUGCCUUGAGGGCUGAAAUUCCUAGCUUAGAAGAAGUUGAGAAGGCUAUGCAGUCCUUGAAGGAAUGCCUUUUGGAUCUCUUUAAAUUGAAUAUGAAAGAGAGGCUAUCUGAGGCAUUAUCAACUUUAAGUUCAGCCAGAACUGGAUUAACUUCAAAGCAAAAAAAAGCAGUUGAGACAUUUCGGGCCAAUUUCAAUGAUUUCACUUCCGACUUCUUAACAUUUGAGCAGGACAAUGCUGAGUUUGAGCUGCAUAAACUACAAAGGGAUCAAAGGUUUUCUGCUAUGAAGAAGAGCCACGAGACUCACAUCUUGUAUAAGCAGUUAAUGGAUGACCUCGCCAAGGAAGAGGAAGAGAUCAAGAGAAAGAUGGAGGAAGUGAAGUCUAGGAGGGACAAGCUCCUCUCCAACUGGGAGAACUUGCUGGUCGAGUCCGAAGAAGCGGAGUGGGGCUAUAAAGAUGAGCAGAAGAAAGCAGCAGAGGCUGAGGAGAAGAAGAGAUUAGCUGAGGAAAGAAUGUCUAGAUCAAUCACUGCUUGGUCAAAUUUGAAAGCUCGAUUUUGUUAAACUUUAAGGUUUCAAAUGGGGUUAUGAGGCAAUUGUUCACUAGUAUGAAAACUGUGUUUUAGCUUGACUAUUUUUCAGCCAAUUUUCCGCAGAAGAAUUGCCUGGAAGGGCUUAUGUGGUUGAUCCCACAUAAUGUUAGUUUAG